UUAACCUUGCAAAUUUUAAAAGCUUUAUAUAUAUUAAUUUUGUAUUCAACUUUUCUCUACUUGACUACUUAAUGAUUCCUAUUAGUACAAUGUUUUCCUUAACAAUAUCCUAGUCAUUAAGCCCUGUUGCAGCAGGACUGAGUGUGCAGCCACAGGUUACUGAAUUUCAGUAUACUCUUGAUAAUCCUCGUUUGACCUACGCCCAGCGUGCCUUUUAUGAAGAAAAUGGAUUCCUGGUUAUCCCCAAUUUGGUACCACAUGUUCUUAUUGAUAAAUGGAGAGACAGGUUCCUUGACCUUGUAGAAGGUCGUGUUGAUACUGCAGGCAUGACGAAGAUGAAGGAUAUAGCAUUGAAGGACAAAAAAAACGUAGCAGCUGAACGUGUUGUCAACAAACUUCAGGACUUUGUUUGGGAUGAGGUUCUCUCUGAGCACUGCUUGUUACCUCAGGUUCUAGACUAUGUUGAAUGUUUUACUGGUCCCAACAUCAUGGCUAUGCACACCAUGCUGAUUAACAAACCACCAGAUCCAGGUACUCGCACUUCACGACAUCCUCUCCACCAGGAUUUACACUACUUCCCAUUCAGACCCGCAAACAGAAUUGUAUGCGCCUGGACAGCUAUGGAGAAGAUAAACAAUGACAAUGGGUGCCUCUUUGUCCUCCCAGGUAUUCAUAAAGGAAAGCUUGAACAACACGAGUACCCAGAAUGGGAGGAUGGGGUAAACAAGAUGUACCAUGGUCGUGGUUUUGAUGAUGAGCCCAAAGCUAUGUUAUGCAUGGAAAAAGGUGAUACAGUUUUCUUCCACCCUAUCCUGCUACAUGGCUCGGGAGAUAAUCGUACACAGCACUUCCGCAAAGCCAUUUCCUGUCACUAUGCAGCCUCCGAAUGUAACUACAUUGAUGUACGUGGGACAUCCCAGGAAAGUAUUGCCAAGGAGGUUGAAGAGAUUGCCUUAAGGAGAGGUGUUACUGGAUUAGACUUCAAGGAAAUUUGGAAACUUCGCAGUCGUGUAGCUCGUGGGACUGAAGUGAACCUGUAAAUGUAGAGUAUUGGAUGAAAUAAGUAAACUUACAUAUAUAUAACAUGAAGGAUAUAAUGUUUGCAUAGUAUUGCAAUCAGUAGAUGUGGCAGUGCAAGUAUUAUUUCAAGUCUGUUGGGAGUUUAUAUAGUUUUGUCAAAUAAUGAGGAAUGUUCUUAAAUGUGAAGGUUAAGAAUAUGAAGCAGUGUAUAAAAUUUCAUUGGAAGUUUUUGUUUGGUCUGUAAUAUAACUCUAAACAUUAAUUUCCAAAUGCAAUUCAGCUGUAAAACUGUAAUGUUACACAAAUGUUUAUCAGUAAUAAUGAAUGAAUGCAUGACCAAAUUAAAAAUCCAAAGUUUUUUAUGGUGACUAAUUAUCAUCUACAACAAUAAUAAAAUAGUUUCUGAUUCUUUUUCACUGGGUAGAAUUUGAUGGCAUUAGUUGAAGUUCGGCUUCUUUAAACAGUUCUCAUAAUACACAAAAAUUUUCAGUAAAAAAAAUUACAGCCUUAAACUCAUAGGUUUCUCAUUGAUCCUAGGCUGAGUAGUUAAUCUUUAAAAAUUAAUUAAA